ACGGUGUUACGAUGGAUAUUAUGUGAACAUUUGAGGCACAGGCGAGAUGGCAAUGGCGGUUUUUGUGACGUGCAACCUGUGAGCUGCGAGUGCUUGUUUCUUCUCAGAAACCUCCAAAGUUGGAGGGAUUUCUGAGAAAAUGGCGAGGGGUCUGAUAUGGGCGACGGCCGAGGACAUGGCAAGGAACAGAGGGAGAGUUCUCUCAUUGUACCGCCAAAUACUACGGAGCCUCAAUUCGCCAAAGCUUCCACUAAGCUUAGCGGCUAGACUGGCCAGGAAAGCGGAGGUCCGUACUAUCUUCAUGCUGGGUUCCGAGGAGCGAUCUCUUCACAACAUCACCGACCUUAUCGAUGCUGCUGAGUACUCACUCUCCCUUCUAAGAAAAGGCGAAAUUCCCAGAUAUAUACAAUGACAGUGAGAGAUUGCUGAUGAAAAAAGUGGCUUAGUUGGGCCUCAUGUAAAGCUUUGUAUGUUGAUCUCUGGUGAUAUAAUAAUGAUUUUGUAUGUAUGUCAUUUAUUAUUUCCAAAAAUAUCAAUUGUUACUCUUAACAUUUGGUGAUAUUUCCCAACAUUCCACAAUUCUACAAUUUUUAGACAUAUAAGUUGAUUCACACAUUUUCAGCAUUUUGUUCUAUUUUAACUUACCAAUAUUUCCACCCAAAGUAACCCUUUAGACCUUGUCUAUAUUGGGUAUUUUCUAUUUAGGUGCUUAGUCAUGGGAUGAAAUAUAAGUUUCCAUCCAGGUACAACAUAUCUAUGUAUAAGCUAAACAAACAAGAUUGUUUAUGUUGGGUAGCUACUAGCUAGGUAGCAGGAGAGAUCACCCAGGACUUGUAGGCCUCGGGGGUCUAGUUUCACCAUUGAACCAUUUAAUGUCUUUGAGCAUUAACAUCACAUGACAGUGAGGACAUUUUCAAGAGAACUCUCUGAAGGAUGCUGAUUUUGGCACAUUCCAUUUUUGGACCGGGUACAUGCCUAUUAAAAUCAAAAGAUACUCUUAUUUUCAUUGAUGAAAAAGAAUAGAAAUACUUUUUGACUGUUAAUUAUGGAUUUCCAGUUUAUCAAAACUAAUUUAUCCAAAGUACCACCCUCCAAAAGCAGAAAACAUAAAGAACAAUAAAUGAAGAAGUUGGAAAGGAAUUUUAAAGAAAAAAGUUCCUACUUUUUAUUAAUGGGUUUAAUUUCUCAUUAAGCAGUAAAUAGUCCCUAUAUAAUAUUCUAUCAGUACUGUAUGCUUUCUGACUAAAUAUUGUAGAGCAGUAGAGGGCAUUCACCAACAUGAGUGAUUUGU